UCCUCCCAGCGGGGCGGCGGAGGAGGCUCAGUCCCAGCGGGGUGUGCGGCGCGGCGGCAGCAUGCCGUGGCCGGCGGGGAGCCCGGGGGUCCAGAGCGGGCCGGACCCCACGAAGUGCGUCUCGCAUCAGUGCUUUGACGCGCUGGUCCGCUCCUGCGUGGACUGCAAGCUCUUCCGGACGCCGGAGCUGAAUUCGGCCUCGCCUCCCUCCGACCCUCCUUUACUCUUCCCUGCUCGUGCCUCCCCUCCCUGUGUCCCCUGCCCUCCCUCCCCGUCCCCUCGCUCGCAGUCUGGGCCGAGCAGCCAGGCGCCCGGCCCGCUGCAGCAGCAGGAGUCGGUGGGCCCGGGGGCGACCGCCCAGGCCGAGCCGGUGUUGCCGAUGCCCGCGCUGCUCCUAGGCGCCCCGGCGCUGCUGGGCCUGGCGCUGGCCCUGGUCCUGGUCCUAGUGGCCCUGGUGACCCUGAGGCGGCGGCGGGCGGCGGUCCCACGGGCCACUUCCCCGGAGGCCCCAGAGAGAGAGCAGGAGGGCCCCCUGGAUAAAGUCGUGGUCCUCUCUUCGGGGUCCCCUAAUGCCACAGCCCCCGUCUGGCCUCCACGAGACAGUUCAGCCACCGGCCCACCCGCCCAUAGCGUCCCUGUGCCGGCUACAGAGCUGGGCUCCACCGAACUGGUGACCACCAAGACGGCGGGCCCUGAGCAGCCGUAGCGAGGAAGGGGCAGGAGGUGGCCCUUGUCCGGCCUUGCAGCAGUCGGCCCAAGGGAUUCCUCCCCGCAUCUACCCGCCCCUUUUCUGGAAACAGGCUGCGCUGCGGACCGAGGCUGCAGACCACAAGGCUCAGCUGCCCCGCUGGGCUGGCGUGCGUGCGGCGUGUCAGUGUUUGGGCUAAAACCCUGCCAGGGGCGGGGGCCCUCGAAGGCUGUGACUGAGCGCCUGUGCGUGGGGCGCGGUGGGGGCCCUCCGGGCAGCGGUUUGCUUUCAGAGAGCGGACGGACGCGCCGGGGAGCCGGAAUGAGUCUAGGAAAUGACCGAGUGGGACGAGGCGUGACGUGUAGCCGAGCAUUGUGCUUCUUUACUCCUGGCUCUCGGGGCUGCCCUGCUGUUAACCCGGAGCACACGGCUGCUGCGCUGACCAAAACCCAACGGAUGGGCUUCCCUUGGGGAUUUAACACCAGCCGAGUUUAAGAAAUAGCCUGGAUUGUGCUGGUUCUGAGGCAUUCUGCACCCCGGUGGCAGCCCUGAGCUGGGCCCAGUCCUCUAGGACCUGUGAUGCCAUUUGCCCUCCCGGGGCAGCCCCUAGAGCCCAGGGCUCGCUGUUGGGAGGAAGUCCACACCCCCCCUGGGGCGGGACUGCCAAGGCUCACGGGCGGCUCCCCUGUGUGCCAUCUGGGUCCCAGCUGCCGCCGAAGCUCACUCAGCUGUGCACAGGGAAGGGCCCGGGACCUGCGUUCAUAGGCCUGUGGCCUUGAACCAGCUGGACUCAUGUCCCUUGAGUUCCCUCCUCUCUGUGGCCUGCCCUCUUCAAGCACUGGGCCCAAGGGCUGGGGUCACUUGGCCGUUCUGUGCCAGCCCCUGGGGUCACCCACUAUCCCAAUGGAACUGCUCCUCCGACAGCGGCGCCGCUUGCCCUGCCUGGGGCUGAGACGGUCUGCCCAGCUCUGGACCACACAGCACGCGGGUCAGGCCUCUCCUGCCAGCCCUGCUUUCAGGGUUGGACCUGACCGGGACUCCCCCUGGAAUAGCGUCCUUGGAACUUCUUACAGCUCGGCAUCCCGGAAGGGAUCACCGGGCUGUGUGAGAGUCAGAAGAGGGGGCUCUGGGGACCGUU